CUUGCAUAUCGCGUCAAGAUCGCAUAUAUUUUUAUGCACCUUGAACUGCACUUCUAAUUGCUCAACUACUCAAACCCAGACUUCAACCAUGUCCUCCAACAUUGGCCUCGUCGAUGAGUAUCUCGCCAAAGGAACAUGGAAGACCGCCGAGAAUGCCAACUCAACCUACUCCCACCAAGGUCUCAUGCAAUACGUCUCCAACCAAAUCAUCUCUCAAUACUGGCUCGAAAAGAUUUACACCGACGAAAUCCGACGAUAUGACCACGAGAACCGUUUCCAUAUCCAUGACCUCGGCUUUCUAAGCGCGUAUUGCUCUGGCUGGAGCAUCGAGGAUAUUCUCCUCCAAGGCUUUGGUGGCGUUGAGAAUAAGAUCCAGUGUCGGCCUGCUAAGCAUCUUAACACUGCUCUUAAUCAGAUCGUCAAUUUUCUGUUUACACUGCAAGGUGAACUCGCUGGAGCUCAGGCUUUGUCUAGCUUUGACACGUACCUUGCACCAUUUAUCCGCAGCGAUAACCUGUCUUACACCGAUGUCUUCAAAUACGUCCAAAGCUUCGUUUACUCCCUCAACGUCCCGACCCGAAGCGGUUUCCAAGCCCCAUUCACGAACCUCUCACUCGAUCUCAUCUGCCCAAAACGAUUGGGUGAUCAAUGCGUCAUCAUCGGGGGCGAGUUACGAACCGAUUGGGUAUACAGUGACUUUCAGGAAGAGAUGGAUAUACUCAACAAAGCGUUUGCUGAAGUCAUGAUGCAAGGUGAUGGAAACGGAAACAUCUUCUCUUUUCCUAUCCCGACUUACAACGUGUCUGACGGAAUUGACUGGGAAUCACCUCGGUGGCAAUCGAUCUGGGAAAUGACGGCAAAAUAUGGUGUUCCUUAUUUUGCCAACUUCAUCAACAGUGAUCUCGACCCUGAAGACUUUCGGUCCAUGUGUUGUCGAUUGAGACUUGACCUUAGCAAGCUUCACUGCAGAGUUGGAGGCCAGUAUGGCGCAAGUCCCUUGACUGGCUCCAUUGGAGUUGUCACGAUCAAUCUGCCAAACCUUGCUUACCGAUCGAAUGGCUCGAAGGAGAUGUUCAUGGCAGAAUUGACCAACACGCUUAGAGUGGCCAAAGAGUCUUUGGAGAUCAAGCGAAAGCUUGUCGAUGAGAACUCGACUCUGUAUCCUUAUGCUGCACACUACCUGUCAGCUACGAAGCACCGCACUGGAUCAUACUGGACCAAUCACUUCAGCACCAUUGGAGUCAACGGCAUGAACGAGGCACUCGUCGAUCUUCUCGGCGAAGGUAUCGGCGAGCGAAAAGACUUUGCUCUCGAAAUCUUGGAGUUCAUCAAAGACCAACUGCAAGAGUUCCAGAAGGAAACAGGUAAUCUCUACAACCUCGAAGCCAGCCCUGCAGAGAGCACAUGCUACAAAUUCGCCAAGCGAGACAAAGAACUCUUCCCUGAUAAAGAGAUUCCCACAUACUACACCAACUCCACGAUGCUCCCUGUCGACACGACGGAGGAUCUCUUCGAGGCUAUGGAUCAUCAGGAAGCACUUCAGUGUUCUUACACUGGUGGCACUGUCUUUCACGCUUUUCUUGGUGAACAGUUACCAAGUUGGAAACUGGCUAGAGACCUGAUCAAAACUCUCACUGCGCGCUUCCGCAUUCCGUACAUCACGCUUACUCCAACGUUCAGUAUUUGUCCGACUCACGGAUACCGAGCAGGCGAACAACCAGAGUGCACGGCCUGUGGUGAACUCACUCUUGUUUACUCACGCAUCGUGGGAUACUUCCGACCUACGAGAGAUUGGAAUCGGGGCAAGUCGAAGGAAUUUGUGCAACGAAAGGUUUAUAAGUAUGAAACGGGACUUGAGGGCUUGAAUGGUGACAACAAGCUUCAAGACUUGGAGGAACAAGUCGCGGCGAUUCAAGAUUUACCUGUGGCAGGAUACAUCAAGAGUACUCUGAGUGACUACCCGGGCAAGAUGCAGGCUUCCAUCAUGUUCACCUCCCGAUGCAACCUCGCCUGUCCUUGGUGCCACAACGGUCCACUUGUCCAAGGUGAGUGUGACGAUGUGACCAUUGUAGACGUCUUCCGUCACAUCACAUCAACGUCACACAAGUCACUCGUUGUUUCAGGCGGUGAACCCACCAUCCACAAAGGUCUCCUCCCAUUCCUCAGAAUCCUCAAGACCGCUGGAGUCAGCGUCAAGCUCGACUCAAACGGCACAUCCCCCGACAUCCUCAAGCAAAUAUUUUCCGAGAAUCUCGUCGACUUUGUCGCGAUGGACAUCAAAUGUGCUCUGGAGAACUACAAGCGCGUCACAGGCCGAAAGGUCAAGCCCAGGCUUCUUGAAGCUAGCAUCGACCUUAUUAAGAACAGUGGAGUACCGUAUGAGUUCCGAACAACGGUUGUACCGGAGUUAGUCGAUGUGGAGGACUUGUUUGAGGCGAAGAGGUUGUCGGGGAAGAAGCUGACGAUGCAGAGGUUUAGAAAUGGGGAGACGUUGUUGGAUGAGAAGUUUAGGACGUUUCAGGAGCAUACGGAUGAGGAGUUUGAUAAGUUGGUGAGCCAGGUUGCGUAAUUGGGUUGCUUUGCUUUUUACAGUUAGGUUAUGUCUUGUAUGAGUAGAAACGUCAAUUAGUG